UUAGUUAAUGAUAUGCUAUUAAUGAAGUAUUGACUUGUUGACUUCCAUCAUAUUAUUUCUUGUAUGAUUUGUUGAGAAAUAUAAGGCUACAGUACUUCUCUUUUCAACAAAAUGGCUAUGAGUGCAAACACGGAUUGGCGCACGGGCCGGACUGUGACACAGUGUAAUAAGUAUAUGUUGGAACAUGAGGUGGAGUGUGAUGUUACACUUGCUGUGGGCAAGGAAAAGAUUAAAGCCCACAAAUACAUGCUGAUAAGUCGCAGUGCAGUUUUCCAUUCAAAACUUACAAGCCAGAGAACUUUAUUGGAAGUCAAUAUUCCAGAUUUUGAACCUGAUACAAUUCGAAAAAUGUUGAUGUUUAUAUACACUGAUGACGUUGAUUUUGACAAUCGUUCAACACUGAAACUUUUCCAAGCUGCCAGUAAAUACAAAAUUGAAGAUCUAAAGAAAACAUGUUUUUAUAAAAUGCAAGCAGAACUUUCUAGAGAAAAUGUGUGUCUUGUUCUGAAAUUGGCAUAUGACAUGGGAAGCAAUGAUGUGAAAAGUAGUGCACUGCACUACUUUUAUAGAUAUGCUUCUGACUUGUUAGAGACUGAGGAAAUUUUGGAACUACCACAAAGUUGUUUAAUUGAUAUUAUGAAAAGUGACAAGUUGAGAGUACCAGAGGAGAAAAAGUAUGAGGUAGCAGUUGUUUGGGCAGAGAGUAAAUGCAGACAACAGCAAAAGGAAGUUAAUGAUGCAAAUUUGAAAGCCCUACUUGCCCCAGUUGUGAAUUUUAUCAAAUUUGAAGAGAUGUCAAUGGAGUAUUUCAGUAAUAAUAUCUCAAAGAGAGGUAUUUUAGAGCAAAAUCAGAUUAUCAUUGUAUUUCAAAAACUAGUAAGCAAACCAUCAGGAAGUGUUAGAACAUCUCACUCUUUAUCAGCACCUGCAGGAAGAACAGGAAAUGUAGAUCAAUCGGCACCUCAGCUCAUGGAAAGAUCUGUCAGUGGACAGGAAGCAGAUUCUACCACCACUACAGAAAAUCUUUCCAGAUCUGUUCUUUCUUCCUCAGAAUCCAUACAAAUGGAGACAGAUCUAGAAAGCUCCUCAGAACUGGUACUGGCCACAGGACGUCAUGGAACAACCCCCAUACCUCCGAGGGCAAAUAACCACCGGACCAAUAACCAAACAGAACCGACCCAGAGACGGUCCACGGAACUGCCAACCGGUGCUCAGCCUGUACCCAAUGAUUUCAGAGAUGAAAUGGGCAGAAUAACAAUAUGGAGGUUUGGGGGUAUUUUGAGUGGGAAGGCCUAUUUAAGAGAUAAUCCAGAUUCCAUAUCAAUCAUUCCAAGUCAUUCUGGAAAAUUACAUGGAGUCUGGCUGUAUGGGAGCCAUCAGAGACAAGCCACCUACAAAGUGGACAUGAAAAUAAAGGAAGACGGAACAGUUAGAAAAGCCAUUCCCAAUAAAGAAAUUGUGUCUGAUGGAAGGGAAAAGAUCCAUCUGCUGAAGAUAGAACCACCAAUGAAAUUUGAGGCUGAUAAUGUCUACACAAUAGAAAUGGUGAUGAAGGGACCGACAAGUUAUUAUGGCAGAACAGGAAAGGACAUGGUUACUGUGGAUGGGGUCACUUUCACAUUUAUUCCUGACGAAAAUGGAAUUAAUGGCACCAAUACAGAAAUUGGACAAUUUCCAGGGUUUGUAUUUGAAAAAACUGAAUUAUAGACAUUAGGUACAUGUAUAUUGACAAAAAAUCUUAGUAUCGGUAUUGUUUCUGAACUGGGUGUACCGGUAAAUAAUUUCUUCACUUGGUGUGUAUGACAGAUAAAAUGAGCAUCUAUCAUGGUAAUUGCUAGCAACGUAAUUAAUUAUUUCAUAAGACUGUUUCUGGUUGAAUGAUGUGUUUGCUGAUAAUAAAUGUUUUGUUAUA